AUGGCAGGUAGGAGAGUUUCAUCUUUGUCGACAAAAUUUCUAGAUGUAGACCUGAAGAUUACUGACGUAAACUACCAUCCAAAAGAAGUUCUUGUGAAAUUUCAAGGCAGAUAUAACACAGAUUGUGAGUUUGACUACCAUAUAUUGCAAAAUGAAAUACAGCAGGUAUCUAAAGUGAAAGACAGUGUUGGGAUUGGUGAGUUUUGUUUAGUAGAAGACUCUGCUUGUGGAGAAUGGUACAGAGGAAGAGUAGUACAAAAGAAGAACUACAUCUAUGAAGUAUUUCUUAUGGAUAGUGGGAAAAUCCUGGCAGUUGAUGAGACACAUAUUGCUUCUGCUAUUGAUGAGUUGUUUCAACUUCCUCCCAAGAUGGUUUGUGGGAUUUUUGGAAAUAUACUGCCAAUUGAAGAAAAAUGGACUCCAAAAGCUCUGAAUUACUUUUCAUCAUUAAUAGACUUGCAGAUUAAAGGCCAAAUACAAGCCAUUCUACCACACCAAACAUUUCUGCUUGAUGUGCCAAAAAUCACUAGUGAUGUGGUUGAAUUAAAAUUAGGCAAACUUGUUGAUGGGGAUACAUUCUGUCUUAUUGUAGAAAUGUUAACUGAAUUGCCACAAGAGCUGCUUUGUAAACAGAUGCCAGAUCUCCUGCAACAAAAAUAUACAAGGCUGGAUUCUGUAUUAUGUAAUGAUCAAAUUCAAUCAGAAGUUCAACCAAUUAUGAAUAACCUUCAGCCACUUUUAUCUGUUGGUGGGAUAGAGAAAGUAAAAAUAUCAGUGGCGGUCAGUCCAAGUAAAUUUUAUUGUCAACUGCUGCAACACCAGGUGGAGAUGGAUGAGUUGACAGCAAACAUGUCUUCGUGUUACGAAACUAGUACAGAAAAUGUUCCAUCCUGUGAGAAUCUAGGAGUCCUCUGUGCAGCAAGACGGAGAAAUGGCCAGUGGCAUAGAGGAGUGAUACAACAGCUGCUUUCUGAUAACAAAGUGAAUAUUUGGUUUAUGGAUUUUGGCAGCUAUGAAGCUGUGCCUUCCAGUUGUGUUUUAAAGCUUCAACCAGAAUUCAUGUCAGUACCUAGGUUUUCAGUUCCUUGUGCACUUUCCUGUCUUAGUUCUCAGGAUGAAACUGUAAGAAACGACCAACUAAAAGAAUUCAAGGAGGCCUUGUUAAGACAAAGUGUUGUUCAUGCCCGCAUUGAUUUAUUCAAUGCUGAUGAACAUUUGUAUUAUGUUACACUUCUUAAACAAGAGUCUGCAAUGCAUUUUGAACAUCUACCACAGGGGAGUGAAGUGAUUCCAAAACCUGACCCAUCCUUUAAGACCAAAAAACUCUCUACAGGUGAGGAUAUAAAAAUCUCUGAUACAGAUCCUGUUUAUGCUGACUCUGUUCAUAGGAAUACUGUACAAUCAGGAGAUUCUUCAGAUGCAAAAGGCACUCAUUUAAUCUGUUCUCCUUUAACAAUUCCUUGCAAAAGAGCAGAAAUACAAAUCGGUUCUGUCUGUGUUGCUUUUGUAGUAUAUGUCUUGAAUCCAUCAAAUUUUUGGGUUCAAACUAUUGAUUGUCGAGAUGAGUUUGAAGCCUUGAUGAAGAAAAUUGCAGCUGUGUAUGAUACAAGUGAAACAGUUGAUAAGAUUCUAGAAAAUCCAGAACCUGGAAAACUAUGCUGUGCCCGGUAUAGUAAGGAUAUGCAUUACUACAGAGCUGUUAUCAGGGAAGUGAUGGACAAUAGUAUUGAUGUUUGUUUUUUAGAUUUUGGCAAUACUGAAACUGUACCACUCUUCAAUGUGAGAGUUUUGCUUCCAGAGUUUCUAGAAUUACCAGCUUUAGCUGUUUGUUGUUCACUUGCUAAUGCAUUUCCAAUCGAGGACAUAUGGAUUAAAAAAGAAACUGACUUCUUUAAAAGCAUUGUGUUUGACAAACCGCUCACACUGCAUGCAAUUGCACAAAAAAACAAUAAGUAUAUUGUCAGUGUGCAGUAUAUGAAUGACUCAGAACAAAUUGACGUCGUUUUGUCCAUGGUUCAGGCUGGAUAUGCGGAAUAUUGGGAAGUAAAGCCAGACCCCUUCCAGAACGUCGUGGGAGAUUCUAAAAUGCAAUGCUCAAAACAAAAGAUAUAUAAAAAGAGUGGGCAGAAGAAGAAUAAAUUGCGGAGUCCUCUGACAAAAGAGCGUGCUGUUACCUUCCCGCGGUGGGAAAACACUCUUUCAGAUAAAUUGGGAAACACAUCUGGGAAAGGUGAUACACCGAACCCUUAUAAGGAGUAUCGGUUUAAACCAGGAAGUGUAUUUGAUGUCGUAUGUUGUCGUAGUACUUCACCAGGUAACUUUUUCUGUCAGAUACGAUCUAAACUGCCAGAGCUAUUUAACUUGAUGCUACAAAUUCAAUUUUAUUACAACAAUCAUAAAAGCCCAUAUGAACUUGGACAGUAUGCCUGUGUUGUGAAACAUUCUAAGGAUGGGAAGUGGUACAGAGCUGCUGUACAGCAACAUGUGUCUGAGACAGAAGUUGAUGUAGUAUUUGUAGACUAUGGUAACCAGGAAAGAGUUUUGUCAAAAGACCUCCAAGCUAUUCUUCCAGAAUAUCUGGUCUUGGAAUGUCAAACAUUCAGAUGUUGUCUUAAUACGGUCACUGAAUCCUUAAUGUUUGACCCGUACAGUUGGACUGCAGAGGCAUGUAGAGAUUUUGAGCGCUUUGUUUCAUCUUCUAAUGAUCUGCUGACCUGUACGAUUUCUGCCCUAAUUCUUCGGAGCUCCAACUAUUUAUAUAAUAUUGUUGACUUACAGACUCCAUUCACUACUUCACAGCAGUUUCUCUUAGAAUGUGGUCAUGCUCAGUCUCGCUCUUUUGAAUUCGCAAGGUCCCUUGUGCCACCAUUCUCUCUGUACACAUUUUACUAUUCAUCUUUUAACAUGAAAAUUGGAAAUGAAGAAGGGGUGUGUAUAACACAUAUAUACAGCCCUACAAAAUUCUAUUGCCAACUAAAUAGAAAUGCAGAUGCUAUAGAUAAACUGUUUGAAAAGAUUGCAGAGGUUAGUCAAAUGACAGGCUAUACAGACCAGAUAAACACUUGCAAUUUAUACUUAGCAAAAUAUUUUGAAGAUGGCCUCUUCUACAGAGCUUUAGCAUCUCCUAUGGGCUCAUCCGAUUACUUGCAGGUAUACUUUGUAGACUUUGGGAAUAAACAAUCAGUAGCAAAAAGAGAAAUGAUUCCUAUUCCAAAUCAUGUUUCAGAAUUAUUAUUUACUCCUAUGCAAGCUAUCAAGUGUUACCUUUCAGAUCUAAAAGAUGUUGAAAUCACAACUGAAAUAAAUACAUGGUUUGAGAAGAAUUACUUGGGGAAAGAAAUGAAGGCAGUAAUCGUAUCUAAGGAAUCUGAUGGGCAGCUUGGUGUGGAGUUGUACGAUGGAGAUCUACAGAUAAAUAGGAAGAUUAAAGAAUUAUUGAAGCACACACAAAAAAAUGGCGCUGACCCAAAAAUUAUAAACACACCUGCAGAAAAGACUGUUGGAGACAAAAACAUGUUGCAUAAAGUAAAGUCAGAAGCAGUUAAAAGAAAAAUUAAAUAUGAAGUAUUUGGUUGCAAGAGAGAAGCAGAAAAUGAAGCAAAUCCUGGCAAACAGAGAGCUGAAAAAGGAAUUGCAGUUGAUCUGCAGAAACCGUGUACAAGGUUUGUAAAGCUCCCAGCAGCCUCAGAUAAUACAGAAUUGGCCUUACAAAGCAAUCUGAGACAGAGAUGCAAAGAUACAGAUUGCGAAUCUUGGAGUGACUGUGAUAGCCCUCCUCAGGGUUUGAAGGAGAUGCCUCCAGAUAAAGAGUUGCAGAUCUUUAAACAAAAAUAUUUUGGAGAAGAAAGGAGUAGUGGUACCAGGCAAAAGUACACAAACCUUCCACAGCAUCAUAUUCAGGCAAAUUCCAAAAUGUUAGUUUAUAUUUCUUCUAUAACUAGCAUGUCAAGUUUCUAUAUUCAUCGUGCUGAGGAUGAGAAUGAAAUUGUGCAGCUUGCUGAGAAGCUGAAUGGAGGCUCACUGGUUCUAGAGCCAGAAACACAUGCUGAACUCGAAGAAGGUGACAUGGUUUUAGCAGAGUACGAAGCUGAUUAUUGCACAUAUAGAGCUGUCAUUAGAGGUAUUAAAUCAGAAAAAUCUUUUGAAGUAGAGUUCAUUGACUAUGGUAACUCAUCAACUGUGAAUGCAUCAAAAAUAUACAAGAUGGAAAAGGUUUUCUUAAAUUUUCCAAGACUCAGCGUACACUGUUUUCUUAGCAAAGCAAGAUAUGCAUUUCCAGAUAAAAGUUGCAGUAGUGAUAUGACUGCCUGGAUUGCCAGUAAAGUAAAUAAUCAACUAUUAGCGUUAGAGUUUUUACAACAGCAUGGUGAACAGUGGGAGGUUGAUGUAUUCUGCCAUGGAAUGCCUAUGAUCAAUGAGUUAGGUUUACAGAAUAUGAGUCUGUUAAAUCUUGAUGAAGUCGUAAAACAUCUUCUAAUAACAGAUGUAGAUACUGAUGGUAAUGACCAAAGUAAAAAAUCAGAAAGCCGAAAUGUGUCUGAAGUAUUAAAAGCUGGACAUCCUUGGGAGAGCCACCCUAAAAUUCCCUGUCAAAAAAUAAAGCCUGGACAGCUAGAAUUGGCUGAAAUAGGUCACAUUUCAAGAGAUGGACAUUUCUAUAUAAAAUUGAAGAAGGAUUCACAAAUAUUUUUUGAUUUAAAUGUGAUGACUACCCAAGAAGCUGAGAAGAACUCCUUGCUUGCGGUGGAAAAUAUUCAAGAAGGGUUAGAAUGUUUGGCAAAAUCAAAAGAGACCUUGAAAUGGUAUCGAUCUGAAGUUAUUAAAAAGUAUGUGAAUGAGGGUCACAUGUUAGUUUUUUUCAUGGACUUGGGAGAAUAUGAAAUGGUGUCAUUUCAUGACGCACAGAUACUUAGUCACAAGUUCAGGAGUAUUCCCAGGAAUGCAAUGCCUUGUAAAUGGGUUUGGGCUGAAAACCUAGUGGACAUGUCUCUUGAAAGCGUGUUGAAGAUUAUAAAAUACCAGGAGAUCAAGAUCUUGUUUCUGAGAUACUUAGAAUCUACUUUCAUGUGGGAAGUAGAUAUUUUAAUAGAUGGGAGUCUGCUUUUGGAAUACUGGAAUCAAAGAUCUUGCCAAAGGGUGCUGGAGAAAUGUAACUUACCAGAAAAUAUAAAAAUGGGCAAAACAAUGCCUAAAUUGUCAUUCAGACCAAAUUCUGUUUCCUGGGCACCAUUCCAGAAUGAUCAGUACUAUCCUGGGUUUGUGACGUCUGUCACUGAUCCUUCAAACUUCUGUAUCCAGUUAGAAGACUCAUUCAAGUCUCUAAAUGCUUUGUUCAAGUUACUCUCUGACCUUCCAGAAAACCUGCCUACAAUUCCACAGGAGCUUGUCGUUCCUGGUACCAGUUGUUUGAUAAAGAUUGGAUCUAAUGAAAAGUGGAACAGAGUUGAAGUUUCUGAAGUCUCCAAACUUUCUAAUCUCUUAAUAGUUACUUUUAUUGAUGAUGGGUUAUCAGUUCCCAUCCCCAUUUCUGAUACCCACAAGCUGAAAGUUAUCCCAGAAGAGCUUGCUAAAUUACCCCGAUUAACUUAUCCUUGCUCUUUGUUUGGAGUGUCACCUGCUGAUGGGGAACACUGGAGUGAUGAGGCAAAGCUUAAAAUUCAAGAAUUUCUUAGUAGAGAAGGUCUCACAUUUAAGCUGGAACAGUGCCACAGUGGGCAGAAGCUAGAGGCUGUUGUGUUAUGUGAUAAGAACAAUGCAGCAGAUAUAUUGGUUGCUUCCAGAUGUGCUGUGUAUUCAAAAACUCCAUAUUCCUUUGGUUCAGUUAAUAGUGCAGAGCUUCAUCCAUUGAAUUCACAGAUAUUAUGUGAUUCAUCACAAACAUGUGGUCAGAAGAAUUUGGGUACACAGAUAGCUUUGCUGUCAGUUGGGGAAAAGCCACAAAAUUCAGGUUUGCAACUCGGUUGUGCUUGUGUUAAUGUUUUGAGAGGGAACAGCUCUAAAGGACUGUGUUCAAAGAAAAAAGAGUGGCACAAAGCUUGCUUACACAUUAAUGGAAGAAUGACUGAAACUCGGCUAAAGUAUGACAAGAGAUUUUGUGAGAGAGAAAGGCGACUCUAUGGUACAGGCAUACUGUCAGAAUCAAUCCACGAAAUGCAUGAUCUUAUGGGACUGAGCACCAAGAUCGAUGGGAUGCAAAUUUAUGAAGAGAGCCAAUCAAAUGAAUGCUUCACUAGAAAGGAAUUUAAAAGUGAUCUAGUCUUGACGUCUGGUUUGGCCCCAAUAUGCUAUCCACAUGAAUAUGACUCUGUGCAGUUCCAGUUUGGCAACAGCCCAGUAGAAACUGCAUGUAUUCCUGGAAGUGAUCAUGCGAAGUCCCCAUAUAUGUAA